AUGUCCAAUCCGACCUCCCUCAUCCGCUCCUUCGAUGUCGAGAGCAACCCGUCACGCCCCGUACGGCCCUCGCCGCUCGCCGCCUCCACCAUCCGCGACAUGCCGCUCGACCUCGUCCAGCGCAUCCGCUCCUUCCCCCUCUUCCAGUCCGCGCCCGAGGACUUCCUCGUCGCCAUCGGCAAUCAUCUGAAGCCGCAGAUCCACGGCUCCAACGAUCACAUCAUCACCGAGGGUGACGAUGCCAAGGCCAUGUACUGGCUCGUCCGAGGCGUCGUCGCCGUCACCUCGCGCGAUGGCGAGGCCGUCUACGCCGAGCUCAAGCCCGGCGCCUUCUUCGGCGAGAUCGGCGUCCUCAUGGAUAUGCCGCGCACCGCCACCAUCUUGGCCCGCACGAAAUGCCUCCUGCUCGUCCUGAAGAAGGAGGACCUGCGGCUCGUCAUGCCCAAGUUCCCCGACAUGGAAAAGGCCAUCCUGGAGGAGGCCCAAGAGCGGCUGAACCUGCUCAAGAAGAAGCGGCGCGAGGGUGCCGACGCGACCCUCGAGUUGCCCAAGCAAGACUUCCUCCCCCGCGCGCCCACACCCGGCGAGGCGAACAGGGGCGAGACGGGCGCCAUCAAGGACGGCACCGUCGUCAACUCGAGGAAGCGCAAGUCGCCCAGCCCCAACCUCUUCGACGACCCGGCCGCCGGCAGCAUCAUCGGCAGCGGCGUAGUCAACAUCCGCAGGACCCUCAAGGAGCUCCCGCUCUUCUCGACCCUGCCCCCCGACAUCCUGCACUUCCUCGGCCUCAACGUCCAGCCCAAGACGUACCCCCCCUUCACCCAGAUCCUCCAGCAGGGCUGCGCCGGCAAGGAGAUCUACUUCAUCGUCCAGGGCGAGGCUGAAGUCGUCCACGAGGAGGCGAUUCAGUCGCAGGCGCAACCGCCGCCUCCGCCCGAGCGCCAGCCGCGCCCGCGCCUCCGCUCCGGCCAAUAUUUUGGCGAGGUCACGAGCCUCGGCCUCUCGCCCGACCGGACCGCGACGGUCAGGUCCAUCACGACCGUCGAGUGCCUCGUUGUGCCCGAGGACGUCCUGGACGAGCUGUGGCGCCGCUGCCCGCCCGGCAUCCGCUCCCAGGUGGAACGGACGGCGAGGCUGCGGUUCGAAAGCCUCGACGAGGAGGACGUCGAAAUGGGUGACGCCGCCUCGAAGCAGCAGCAUAAGUCGUCCCGGCCGCCGGUGCUGAAGACGCCGGCGGCCCAGGAGAUACUGCCGAGCCUCGAGUUCACCUCGACCUCGAAGUCGGCCUCGCCGGCCAAGGAUGACUCCGACUUGAUGGAGCGCAUCGACCCCGACCCCUUCCUGAGCGUCAACAUGGAGAACCUGAGAAACCGGCGGCGGCAGUCCUUGGCGCCUCCGACGCCGCCGCUCGACAGCCGGCUGAACGGGACCAAGUCCCUCGUUGACAUGGCGCCCAUGUCGCUCGCCCCCUCGCCCUCGCCCUCGCCCUCGCAGCCGGAGCUGGAGCCGGGCGUGAGGUCGAAGCGGGCCCGGACCCUGCAGCGAAGCGCGGCCGAGACCGAGACCAGAGCGCGGCUGUCGUCCGAUCUGCUGGCCCGAAUCUUCCACCACCUCGACGUCGGUGCGCUUUUUCGGCUGCGCAUCGUCUGCAGGCACUGGCGCGACAUCGUCACCACCUCCCCCGAGCUCUGCCAUGACGUGGACCUGUCUCGCUACAACAGGCGCGUCAACGACGAGACUAUCGGUCGCUACAUCGCCCCCUUUGUCGGCACCCGCGCCGUGAGCAUGAACCUCAGCAACUGCUUUCACAUCACCGACGACGGCUUUGCCGCCCUGUGGAAGCACUGCGGGAAGAACGUGAGACGGUGGAAGAUGCGCUCCGUCUGGGACGUCUCGGCGAACCAGAUCCUCGAGAUGAGCGAGCAGGCCAAGGGUCUCGAGGAAAUCGACUGGAGCAACUGCCGCAAGGUCGGCGACAGCCUCCUCGGCCGCGUCGUCGGAUGGGUCGUCCCCGCCUCUCCGGCCUCCAAGAAGGGUGCCGUCGCCUCGAGUUCCAACGAGCCUCGGAAGCGUAGCCCGAAGCAGGACGAGCCGCGGCCGGUGCCCGGGACGGUCUUCGGAUGCCCCAACCUGAGCAGACUCAACCUCUCCUACUGCAAGCACAUUACCGAUCGCUCCAUGGCCCACCUCGCCGCCCACGCCUCCGGCCGGCUUCAGUCUCUCGUCCUCACCCGGUGCACCUCCAUCUCCGACGCCGGCUUCCAGUCCUGGGCCGCCUACAAGUUCGAGAAGCUCACCAAGCUGUGCUUGGCCGACUGUACCUACCUCUCGGACAACGCCAUCGUCGCGCUCGUCAACGCGGCCAAGGGCCUGACGCACCUCGACCUAUCCUUUUGCUGCGCCCUCUCCGAUACCUCGACCGAGGUUGUCGCCUUGGGCCUCCCCAAGCUCCGCGAGUUGCGGCUCGCCUUCUGCGGCAGCGCCGUGAGCGAUGGGAGCCUCGAGAGCAUCGCCCUGCACCUCAACGAGCUCGAAGGCCUGAGCGUGCGCGGCUGCGUCAGGGUGACGGGCAAGGGCGUCGAGAACAUCCUUCGAGGGUGCACGCGCAUUCAGUGGUUGGACGUCAGCCAGUGCCGCAACCUCGAGCCUUGGCUCCGCACCGGCAGCUUGCUGAAGUGGGGUUUCGACGACCGCCUGGCCAAGCCGAUGCUGCGGACCGACAUGCCGGUGAUGCUGCGCGAGGGUGCUGGGGAGACGCCGAUGCCCAAGACGAUGAGUGUCGCCAUGCUCACCACGCCCUUUCUCCCGCGCGUCGGCCGGAACUUCGCCAACAAGCGCGCGAGACAGCCAGUACGGUUCAUACUCCAGAAGGGCCUCCAGGGGCUGCGAUGA